CGGGCACUAUCCUUGGAUGCAAGAUGUAAGGCCGCAUACAGAGGCCGGGGGGCAGUAUCAGCAGCAGUAGUAUCGCGGCAGGGCAAGAGCAAGGGCAGGAUAUAGCAACGAUUGUGCAGCACUCUUGCUCGGAUACGUUCUGUGACGUAUUUGAGCAAGAAUUAAGCGCGAGCUCGGAGGAGGAAUUGACACUACCGGAUCAUUAACUCCAUACUUACACUCUUUCUCUUCACUCAUCUUCAAACAUCCAAAUCGCAACAUGUCAUCUCUUCCCCGUACGAUCAAGGGCUUCCUGAAGCUGGGACCUUCCCGCUUCAUGCGCCAGCUCAACAACAUCGGUGAUACCAAGGUCGGAACCCUUGUCGGAACUGACAAGUUCGGCAACAGAUACUUCGAGAACCUGGACGAGAGCUACGGUCGUAAUCGCUGGGUUGAGUUUGCUAAGGAGGACAGCUUCUUUUCCAGAGCCGAAAUGAACGCCUCCCAGGUUCCUGCUGAAUGGCACGGCUGGCUGCACCGCAUGUUGGAUGCCCCUCCCAACAAGGACGCAUCCAUGGUCAACCCUAAAUGGGGCGCCGAAUUUACUGAAAACUUGACCGGCGGACCAAAGGCUUACAGGACUUACAAUACCACCCGUCCUAAGUUCCAGGCUUGGACCCCCAAGGCUGCUCCCCGCGCUUAAGGAAGCGUCUGGGCAACAAGAAGAAAAGACGGCGUAAUGACCAACACUAGAGAUUCGGACGAUGGAAACCACAUGAAAUAAAUAAAUGCGACUACAGCCAUCUUCAACCAUCA